AUGGAGCGAAUGCUAGAGGGCAUCACUGGAGCUACUGGCAUUACACCAAAACCACCAGAGACACCAGCAGCUGAGGAGCAGCAGUGUGCAGAUGUCUCCCCAGAGCCCCCAUCUUCACCCUCUAUGGUCCCACAGCACCCACAAGCUGAACCAGAUGAACUGUUGGACUUGAGAGUGUCUGGGAGCCCCAUUGUGUUGAUGGCAGCCUCUUCCCUUGUGCUCUUGAGCAUGCUGUUUGCAUGUGCAGCAUUUAACCUGGACCCCCUGGUGUCUGUAGUGAAGAGCGGGAGUGAGAGCUCUCUGUUCGGCUUCUCUGUGGCUCUGCACCAGGACAUGAGCACUGGAGCAUACAGGUUGUUGGUGGGAGCCCCAAUGGAGAAGGCAGAGCCUGGAGUCUUGGCCAAUCGUACUGGGGGCAUGUACAUCUGCCCUAUCAGCCCUGACCCAUCAGACUGCACCCGGGUCACGCUCAUGGACCCAGAGCAACUCUUGUCUGAGGACGUGAUUGAGGACAUGUGGCUCGGGGUCUCUGUGGCCAGUCAGGGUCCACCCGGAGGACGAGUGUUGGCAUGUGGCCAUCGCUUUGCCAAACUCUACGGUGCGUACAGGCUGCGACACAUGACCGGCCGCUGCUACGUCCGGGGCAAUGACCUGAAGUACAACGACUCAGACGCUCACUGGCAGAAUCCUGACCAGGUCUGCAGUCACCUGGGCGAUGUGAGUGGUGAGGUCAUGUGCACUAUGGGGAUGUCCGCGGCCAUUUCUCAAAUGGAGAUCAUUGUGGGCUCUCCAGGAAGCUUCGACUGGCAAGGCAAUGUCCAUGUACUGUGGAUGAAUCCUGAGGUCAUGUUCGACACAAAGAAGACUACCUUCACAAACAUGGAGCAGAGGAACAUCUACAUUGGAUACUCUGUGGCCCUGGCUCCUCGGCUGCUGUCUCCACAGCUGGACAGCAUCAUAACAGGGGCUCCUAAAGACAGCAAACACGAUGCUCGUGGCUCUGUGUUCCUGGCGCUGAAGUCUGAGGCUGGUCUUCAGAUUGUGCAGAGGCUCAGAGGGGAGCAGACAGGCUCAUACUAUGGAAAUGCCUUAGCAGUGCUGGACCUCAAUAAUGAUGGCUUUGUAACCAUGUGGAAUGAUCUGCUGGUGGGAGCACCCUUCUUCUUCCAGAGGCAGCAAGAGGUGGGCGGGGCUGUGUACCUGUACCUGAACAGUGGAGGCAGGUUUGACUCCAGGCCCACUCUGGUGCUCAGAGGCCCUCAGCACUCAGCCUUUGGGAUGGCUCUGUGUGCAGCUGGAGACCUGGACCAAGAUGGAUUCCAGGAUUUUGUGGUGGGAGCUCCGUUUCAUGGUACUGGGAGUGUGAUGAUCUUUAACAGUGGACCUAAUGGUGUCCCCCCUCAGCCUUCUCAGGUGAUCCAUGGGAGCAGUAUCUCACCUCUCUUCAGGACCUUUGGCUUUUCUUUGGCUCCUGCUCAGGACGUGGACCAGAACCAGCACCCAGACCUCCUGAUCGGCUCUUUGGAUGACUCUGUGGUGCUGCUGCGCUCUCGUCCUGUGGUGGAGCUUACCCAGACUCUUCGAGUGAGCCCUGACAUGGUGGAUCCAAAUGACUGCAAAUCCUGCAUACGUGUGAAGGUGUGCUUUUCAUACACAUUCAGAUCUGGAGGGAGCAGUGACGAAGACAACAUCACGGUGCAGUUCUGGGUGAGUGCAGAUGUGACCAGUGUGAAGGCACGUGUUAGCUUCUUGAGCAGUGGACAGAGCCACGUGUGGUCGUUCCUGUCCAUGCCCACAGCCCACUGCCGCACACUCAGAGCCGGUCUCCUGAAUCCAAUAAGAGAUCAAGUCCAGCCUCUGGUGUUUUCUCUGAAUGCCUCCAUGGUCCAAAAACUCCCAGAGAAACGCAAUGGACUGUAUGAUUUGAGACGAUUUCCUGUGACCAGUCACCCCCUUCUUCCAGUCAGACACCAGAUCCAUAUUCAAAAGGCAUGUGGAAAUGACAACCGUUGCCAUAGUAACCUGCAGAUGACUGCGCAGUUCACUGACGAUAGACAAAGGCCCUUGGACACUGUGGCAGAGGGGCACCAGCGGCUGGUCCUGGACUCCAAUCUGAAUCUGCUGCUCCUUCACAUCAAUGUCACCAACCUGCCAUCACCAUGGAAACCAGUCAACCAUACCCACGAAGUCUCAUCUCCAUGGCGACCCCUAGACAACAGCUACAACACCCUGUCACCAUGGAGACUUGCUGAGGACGCCCACAAUGUCGCCCUAAACGUCACCAUCCCUCCCUCUCUUGUCUACUCUGGAGUAAGGGCCAAGGGGGCACUGCAGGCUGUGGGGUGCGCUGUGGAAGGCAGGGCUCUGCUCUGUGACCUGGGAAACCCUUUAAAGGCCAAUCAGCAGGUGGAGGUGUGGAUUCGGUUCCAGCCCUCUGAGGCCAGUCUGAGGAGCAGAGAGAUCACAAGCCAGCUGCAGCUCUCCACCCUGAGCGAGCAGUGGGACCUGUUUCCACUCACCGUCUCCAUGUUGGUGGAAGUGUCUCUGCAGGCUUCUCUCAUACUGCUGAAUCCUCCAGACCCCAUCUACUUCAGUGGUCAUGUGAUGGGCGAGUCUGCCAUUAAAAAGACCUCCGAUAUAGGCUCUUUAGUAACAUUUGACUUUCAGGUGCAGAAAAGUGGGCGAUCUCUGCACCACCUGGGUAAUCUAAUGCUGGUUUUUGAUUGGCCGCUGGAGCUGUUCAGUGGGAAGUGGCUGCUGUAUCUUAGCCGGAUUGAGAUACUUGGCAGCUCUGUGGAAUUCUGUUCACCAUCUGCGGUACUCAACCCUCUCAGACUUACGGUUUCAGAUGAGGAAGAGGUGCGGAGAAAGAAGAGGAAUCUUGAACAGGAUUUUGAAGAAAAGGAAACGACAAAAGUAUCUCCAAUUCUCCACCUCUACUCCCCCAGAAGGACAUCCCCCACACUGAGCUGUAAGCUGGGGGCCAGAUGUGUGCGGGUGCACUGUCCUCUCAUCCACAUGAACCACACUGUGACCCUGAGCGUGAGAGCACGCCUCUGGAACAGCACUUUUCUGGAGGACUUUGUGGAGGCCAGCUCAGUGACCAUUGUUGGAAGGGCCACUCUGCAACUCCAAACAGACCAACCUGCUGUGAACAUGAAGCCACAGAGUGUUCAGUUUUCAGUGCGAGUCUUCCCAGACCUGUCCCUCCCUGUGGCUCCCAGCCCUCCACUCGGAGUCCUUGUGCUGUCUGCUGUGGGAGGGGUCUCUGUGCUGGCUCUCAUCUGCCUGCUGCUCUGGAAGUGUGGUUUCUUUGAGCGACGUGGACCAUGGCCUGCCACUCUGCACCAGGGCACCGUGAGCACCCGGGCAGCCCGCCACAGUUGCACUGACGUAGACGGCUUCCUCAUCCAACACAGCCCCUCUAUGCAGAGGAAGAAACACUGGGUCACCUCCUAUUCACAGUGACCCAGGACCUCCAGGCCCCACUGGAGCUCCAGCCCCAGAAACCCCAGCAGCCAACAGUGUCUUCAA